AUGGGCCAUGACGCCUUGGCACGACCCAUUUGGGUCUGCAAGACGGGACGCAUCCUCUUCGAAACCUUACAUCCGCAGGCUGCUCAGGUGGCCGACUUCUUGAUCGCCGUGGCAGAACCUGUCAGCCGGCCGCAGAUCAUCCACGAAUAUCAGAUCACAUCCCUGUCCUUGACCGCGGCCAUUGCCAACGGAAUCAGCGUGGAACAGAUCAUCAAGAUCUUGGUAAAAUUGUCGAAGAACGCCAUCGACGACUCCUUUCUCCAGUUCAUCCGCGAGAAGGGCCGCAUCACCGGCAAGCUACACCUGGUGCUGCGCGACGGACGGCACUUCUUGGAAUCCGAAGAGGCCACGCUUUUGACGCAUCUCUGUAGCCAUGACGAAGUCGUAGAAUGCCUGGUCAGCUCCGGUGCCGUCGACAGAACCGCAGAAGUCGACUCCACCCAGGUGGAGAAGUUGAAAUCCGCGGCGCACAGAUUAGGCUUUCCUCUUCUUCAGGAGUACGAGUUUCGCCGGGAUCGCGAAGAUACAAACCCACACCUUCCCGCCGUGCUGCGACCAUCAGUCAAUCUUCGACCAUACCAACAACGUGCCUUGUCCAAGAUGUUCUCCAUGGACGACGUGGCCAAGAGCGGCAUCGUGGUGCUACCCUGCGGCGCUGGGAAGACGCUGGUCGGCAUCGCCGCCUGCUGCCGCGUGGGGCGCCGCGCCCUAGUCCUGACCACCACGGCGGUGGCGGUGGAUCAGUGGCGUCGGCAACUGCAGCUCUACACCACGUUGCCACCGGAAGAUGUUUAUAUCUUCACGGCGGAUCAGAAACGUCCCAUCGAAGAUGCGGAACGUCGCGCCUGCAUCGUGAUCUCGACCUACAGCAUGUUGGGUUUCACGGGACGACGUGGUGGUGACACAGCGUUCAUCUUGGAUCAACUGCAACAGCUGGAAUGGGGCCUGUUGGUGGUGGAUGAGGUGCAGGUGAUGCCCGCGCGGACUUUUCGAACGGUGGCCACCACCAUCAAGUCGCACUGCUGCCUGGGCUUGACGGCCACCUUGGUACGGGAAGAUGACCUCAUCCAAGAUCUCCAUUGGCUCAUUGGUCCCAAACUCUAUGAAGCCAAUUGGCAACAGCUCCAGGAGGAUGGCUACCUGGCUCGCGUGCGCUGUAUUGAAGUUUGGUGCGAUAUGUCCGAGGAGUUCUUUAUUGAGUAUUUACAAGCUCAAGACAGUGACGACGUGCCAGGUUCCAUGCGCGCGACCCUUCAGCGAUCCCUGUGGACAUGUAAUCCCAACAAGCUGAAGACUUGUGAGUUCUUGAUCCGCCACCACGAAGAACGUGGAGAUAAGAUCAUUGUUUUCAGCGACAACAUCUUCAUCCUGAAAGAAUUUGCCCGAAAACUGGGCCGAUACUACAUUUGCGGCAGUGUGAAUUUGCGUGAGAGAAUGCAGAUCCUCAGCGAGUUCCAGGAGAGUGCUGCCUGCAACACCAUUUUCCUGUCCAAGGUGGGUGACAAUGCCAUAGAUCUGCCAGUGGCCAAUGUGAUCGUCCAGAUCUCAUCGCAUUAUGGAUCCCGACGGCAAGAAGCCCAGCGCCUGGGCCGCAUCUUGCGUCCCAAGCCGCAGGCCCAGUGCAGUGCGGGAGGAUUCAACGCCUUCUUCUACUCCGUGGUGAGUCGUGACACCCAGGAGUUGUACCACGCCAAUCGGCGACAGCAGUUCCUGGUGGAGCAAGGCUACAACUAUCAGGUGGUCCGUGAUCAUCGGCUUUCCCGCCUCGACCAGCAGAACUUGAUCUACUCGAGCAAAGAGUCACAACUUCAACUUCUAAAGCAGGUCCUGGAAAGCGUGCGCCGCGGCGAAGCCGAAGAGGCCGACGAGGACUUCACCGGCGUGGCCGAGCCGGUGACCUCCACAGGGAAGCCAGCAGAACCUGAAGCACCAACUGAAGAGAAGGUGUCGCUUGCUAGUUUGAGUGGUGGCCUGGAUGGAAGCUAUGUGGUGGCGCCAGUGGCGCGCAGCAAGCGGCUGAAAGUCGGGAACUGA